GAUGUCCAAUUACACGUACAACAAGCUCUGGCAUGAUACCCAGAGGCAGCUUGAAAGUGUUGCUGUGCAGGAUUUUGAGAAUCAAGCACUUGAACCGCAAUUCGAGAAGCCAGCUGCACAGACGGCAAUCUUUGAGCUCUACGUGAAGUACAUUUGCAUUGCCAAUAAAUUGGAGGAGAUCUACGAUCAGAUGGUGCAGCCACAGAAGCGAUUGCUAGUGAGGAAGAUCCUGGAUUCAUGCCUGGGUCGUGUUGUAGAGCUCAAAGGUGAUCUCGUUAACAUCGACAUCAUGGAAUUCAGCUACAAUGACGAAGUCAUCGAGAGAUUGGGCCUGACACCGUUGGAUAUUGAGAUCAAAGUGCCAAGAUACUUCAGACGAGAGCGUGAGAAGGAAUUGGCAGCCAGGAGGGAGACCAUGGAUGAGAUUCUGAAGAAAAUGGGUUUUCUCGAUGAACAAAUUGAGGAGGAGAAGAUGACCGAACUGGAGGCUAUUCGUGUAAUUCAGAUGCACGAACGUGCACGUCAAGGCAGACUUCGAGCGCAGUUCAUGAAGGAGAUUCGACUUCUGAAAGAGAAAGGAAAGCCAGAAAGUGGAAAGGAUAAAGCUGAUUCUGGAUUAAUUGCUGCUAUGAAGAUCCAGAAGGUUUGGCGUGGUUUUGCAACGCGGAAGAAGACAAGGAGGAGGAAAGUUGAGGAGAUGGUGCUAAUUGGCAUGAUUCCACCUCUAACAUCCACAAGAUCGGAAAAUCUGGAGAAGAGUGAGAGUCUCACUCAGCUACGCUAUAGUAUUCAAGCAAAAUAUCAGGAGGAAUUCCAGAAAGCACUGCAGGACACCAAAGAGGAGAUCAACACGAAGCAAGGAUCUGUAAUUUCUGAGGAUAUUGCAGAUGAGAUUAGAAACUGGUUUAAAGAGUACAAAGGACGCACAGGAAAGCUUCCUGAUUUCCCUUCCGAAGAACACGGAGGAUCUCGUCAUUUACUAAGUCGUCAGGGUACUGAGAGUGAAAUGAGUAGGUCUUCAGCACCAUCAUCGAAAGAAUCCAAAAAGGCAAAAGAAAAAUCCAAAAGCGCCAUUAAAUCUGGUGAUAUCAACGUUGAGGAUACCUUUGAGAAUGGCUACAAAGCUUCUCAGUCAUCUUUUCUGCCUGAACUCAAAACUGGGAUUGAAGAGUUUAAUGAAACAUGGAGAGAUAAGGAUGAAACCAUGAAUGCCAAGCAAAGUCACUACGAGGAUAUGAUCUUCAAUGAAAAGUACGCAGAAGUCGAGGAAGAACUACGGAAGGUUGUAGAUGACAUGAUGCGUCAAGAGUUAGAACUCCUACAGGCAGCUUUGGACAGGGAUCGUGCACAGAAGGGUAAGAAAGUAAAGAAGAGCAACAAAAAAGCUCGACGUAGUGGAAAGAAGGGAAAGAAGAAGAAGGAGAAAGACUUGACGCCUGAUCGAACAACAGAGUCCCUGUUCGAAGAGCUCUUCAUAAAUGGGAUAAUAAAGAAGUAUCCUGAGACACCGCUCAAGAGUUAUUUAGGUGAUCGUUCGUACGUUGAGAGAUCAGGAGUUAAUCCAACUCCUGGUGAUAUUCGUCAGGUGAUCACUGAACUCUGCAUCCUGCCCCUGGGUUCGGAAAUGGUGAGGAAUUUUGCUCCCUGUAUCAGAUCAAUCCUGCUAACUGGAUCAAAAGGCUCCGGGAAGCAUACCCUCGUCAAUGCAAUCUGCACUGAAGUUGGAGGAACUCUUUUCGAUUUAACUCCAGCAAAUAUUGUUGGGAAGUAUCCUGGAAAGUCUGGCCUAAUUAUGCUUAUGCACUUGGUGUCAAAAGUUUCACGCCUGCUACAGCCAUCAGUGAUUUACAUGGGUGAUGCUGAAAAGCCUUUCAUGAAGAAAAUCCCCAAAACUGAUCGCACCGAUCCGAAACGGUUGAAAAAAGAUCUACCAAAGUUGGUGAAGAAUAUCGGACCGGAAGAUCGAGUUAUCUUUAUUGGGACUUCUUGUGCUCCUUGGGAGGCAGAUCAGAAGCUCCUACAGCAGGCCUACAACCGCUUUAUCUACAUACCACGCCCUGAUUAUGGAACUCUUUCGUACGCAUGGAAAACUCUCCUUAGUCAGUAUAGUGGAGUUCAACCAACUUUCGAUUCAGGCGCUAUGGCAAAGAUUUCCGAUGGUUACACCAUUGGAUCUGUUGUUAAAUGCUUAAAGGAAGUGAUUACGUGCAAACGGAUGUUGCAACUUCGGCUGCAGCCUCUAACACAUGUUGAACUGAUAAAUUCCUUGAGCACAAAGGAUCCGGUUUAUCGCGAAGAAGAAGAAGCCUUCCUGACGUGGUGGGGUAAAACACCCCUAGGGCGUCGCAGGCAGAGAGUGCUGGAGCUGGAAAUGGAGGCGCGGAUUGAGAAGGAAAAUGCGAGCGAUAAAGCCAAGAAGGGUGCUAAGAAGAAAAAGUAG